GCUCUGCAGGAAGUCUCUUCAGUACUCUGGUCUGGCUGGCUCAGCUUGGAGGUUCCUGUGGCAUCCGUUGGAGGGGCCCCGGGUCACUCUGUUUCCUCCCGGGGGUGACUUGGCAGCGACAGGCUCUCUGUUUCCUCACUUCUGCAAUUGCCAGGCUACAACAGAGGCUAGCGCUGGGGCUCAGACCCGGAGGGACACGCGGAGUCUACGGGUGAAUAGUACAGGCACAUACAGCACCCUAGGAUCAGGUGACCCUUCCAGCCCAGAGCAAUGGAGCAAAAUGAAUCCUCUCGCGUGGAUUCUGAGUUUCGAUACACCCUCUUUCCGACUGUUUACAGCAUCAUCUUUAUACUGGGGGUGGUUGCCAAUAGCUAUGUGCUAUGGGUCUUUGCCCGCCUGUACCCUUCCAAGAAACUGAAUGAGAUAAAGAUCUUCAUGGUGAACCUCACCAUCGCGGACCUGCUCUUCUUGAUCACCCUCCCACUGUGGAUUGUCUACUAUUACAACGAGGGCAACUGGAUCCUACCCAAAUUCCUGUGCAACCUGGCUGGCUGCCUCUUCUUCAUCAAUACCUAUUGUAGUGUGGCCUUCCUGGGUGUCAUCACUUAUAACCGCUACCAGGCAGUGGCCUAUCCCAUCAAGACUGCUCAGGCCACUACCCGCAAGCGUGGCAUCUCUUUGUCCCUGGUCAUCUGGAUAUCCAUCGUGGCUACUGCGUCCUACUUCCUGGCCACAGACUCCACCAACAUAGUACGCAAAAAGGAUGGCUCAGGCAAUGUCACCCGUUGCUUUGAGCAUUAUGAGCCGCACAGUGUGCCGAUCCUUGUUGUUCACGUCUUCAUCGCAUUCUGUUUCUUCCUCGUCUUCCUUCUUAUCUUCUACUGCAACCUGGUCAUCAUCCACACGCUGCUCACGCAGCCAGUGCGGCAACAGCGCAAAGCCGAAGUGAAGCGCCGGGCGCUGUGGAUGGUCUGCACGGUCUUGGCGGUAUUUAUCAUCUGCUUUGUGCCCCAUCACAUGGUCCAGCUGCCCUGGACCCUAGCCGAGUUGGGCUAUCAGACCAGCUUCCACCAGGCUAUUAAUGAUGCCCAUCAGAUCACCCUCUGCCUCCUCAGCACCAACUGUGUCUUAGACCCCGUCAUCUAUUGCUUUCUUACCAAGAAGUUCCGGAAGCAUCUCAGCGAAAAGUUUUACAGCAUGCGCGGUAGCCGGAAGUGCUCCAGGGCCACUACUGACACCGGAACUGAGGUGAUGGUGCCGGCUGAUCAGACUCCUAUCACGUUACUGAAAAAGUAAUCUCUGUCAGACCCAGAGUCUCCUCUUCUGUGGACCUCACAGACUGAGCUGGGAGAGGUUUGUGUUUGUGGCCAACCCCUCCUGGGACCCUGGUGGACUGUAAAGUGUGGGAGUUACUUUCUCACUGAGACGGGGUGGCGGGACUGGCCGCUUGUUGGAAAACACCGAACUUGAAUGUUUCUUUUCAUCCAUCUCUGGGUUAAUACUAGCAACUGUGGCUGAUGGUCACACUCCAGCUAGGGCCAAACCUUGGGGGUAGACUCUGAGGCACCUAGUUCAUCUAACUGGGGCUGCAGCCUUAAGAUUGGGCAGUGACUUCUGGGGGCUACAGGCAGAGGAAGGGGUUGUGGAGAUAGGACUCUUCACCCGUCCUAUGGAAGAUGUUUGCAGGGAACCGUUGGGUUUAGGAUGGUACCCUCCCUUCUCCACCCACAGAUACAAGGUCUUUGUGACAGUUCUUAGAGGAAGUGGUUUGGUGGAAGCCUCUGACUGACCCAGUAACUUGUUUUAAAUGUAACCAGAGGAGAUAAUACAAAAGCUGACUGGAAGCUAGGAUGAGAGCUUAUUUCCUGAGGCAGCUAAGUUUCUGCUCAGACCUGAGAGACUGGAAGAGAUGGUUCCCUCAGGACACCACAGUUUCAACUUCCGGCAGGCAGCAACUUCUUUUGGUGACCUCUGGAUACCUGCUGGUGAUUUUUUGACCAGUGUGUUAAUCACAUUUCACUCACUGUGCCCAGCCUCCCUGUCAGAAACAAUUCAAAGAAGGAGAGAUUUAUUUGGCUCACAGUUUCUGAAGACUUCUGUCCAUCAUGGUAACGAAGGCAUGGUGGGGCAGCUCGGACUAUGGAGGCAGGAACAGGAGGAGGCUGAGGUGUUCAUGUGCCAGUGAGCCCGGAAACAAGACUGCACUUUUUUUUUUUUUUUUUCAAGACAGGGUUUCUCUGUGUAGCUUUGUGCCUUUCCUGGAACUCUUUUUGGAGACCAGGCUGGCCUUGAACUCACAGAGAUCCACCUGGCUCUGCCUCCCGAGUGCUGGGAUUAAAGGCGUGCGCCACCACCGCCCGGCACAAGACUGCACUUUAAACAGGGGAUGGAGUACAACUGUCAGAAGCCAGCCCCCAGCCACCUACUUCUAUAGCCAGUUCCUACCUCCUAAAGGUUCCACAGUCUCCCAAAGCAACACUGUUAGUGAGAAUAAGCAUACAGAACACAGUCCUGAGCCAUCGAGAUCAGGUAAAGGCAGUUGCUGCUAACACGGAUGAUCAGAGUUCGAUCCCAGAACCCACGUGGUGGAAAGAGAACAGACUCCUGCAAGUUGUCCUUUGACCUCUUCACGCAUGUUGUGGCACACACAUGUCCCGCCUCUCCCCCCCAUAAAUAAAUGUACAAAAUCAAUACAACAAAGCAAGACAAACAUGACCCCAUGGAGAUGCAGGGUAUCUUAUAUUCAAGAUACACAAGCUAUUACAUUCAAUCGAGGUCCAAUCCUGCCCUCUGAGCAGUGGCUAGAAACCUCAGACUCAGAACUCUGGGGAACUUUCCUUGGUUUCCCGAGCCUUGUGCACCUUAAAAAAGAAAAUGUUCUUUCUUCCAGCUAGUGUCCCCUUGACGUUGGACCAGUUGAUUCCUGUCUGCCAGACAAGCAUCGGCCGGUAACCUGACUGGGUUUGGGGUGAUGGCUAUGGGCUGUCCCGAGCUGACAGUAACUAGGUAACUAAAGUGGCACACUUGAACUUUGGCCUCUUACAAACUCAGGUUCAAGUCUCACCUGUGCUAGGUGCUGUCUAGGAAGUGGGAAUUCAGUUUUCUACCUCUCAGUGUUAUUAGCUGGGAGGUACAACCUACCUCGCCGGCCUGUUAGGAGCAAGCGCGUGCUCAGCUGACUCUUGUUUACUCAUCCCUGAUCCUCCCCGCAUUCCUAUGAUAGGAAAAGAAGGGGUGGAGUUGGACAUCUGGAUUCGGGGUGCUGUUGGGGGCUUUGCAAGCCACUUACUGAAGUCAUUGAAACUCGGGAGCUGUGACCGUGUCUGUGUAAAGUGAGUGGAUUGGGCAGCCACCUGGGUAGACGGAUGGGUUUCCAAAGAAAGCAGAUGUGUUAGGCAAAGCAGAGGCCAGAGAGAAACCACGAGCACUGGGUCUCAGCCUUCCUAAUGCCGCAGCCCCUGAGUACGAACCUCAUGCUGUGGUGACCCUCAACCAUAAAGUUAUUUUCGUUGCUACUUUAUAACUGUAAUUUUGCUACGUUUAUGCAUCAUAAUGUAAUGUAAAUAUUUUUGGAGAAAGAAGUUUGCCAAAGUGCUCUGGACCCACAGGUUGAGAAGCACUGCACUGGAGCCUGGAGAGAUAGAAUACGCAGCCUCCAGGGCCAGAGGACACUCCUGCAUGCUUGCCCUUGAGUCCUGGGAGGUUUUUGGGGGCAGGAUUCCCUUUCUUCCUUUAAGCUCAUUCAGAUGGGUGUCUGGUAUCUUCAGCAAACAACCUCUUCUGUGUUUCUGUGCCAAUACAGCAUAUUCUGAAUUCCAUUCAUCUGCAUAUCCUCCUCGUCAUUGUUUUGCAAUAUCCAAUGUACCAUGUAUCCAUGUUUACUUAAUAAACAUUUUUGUUUUUAAA